UUUUUUUUUGAUUAAAUUACUUUACUUUUUAUUAAGAGAUUAAUAAUAGAAGAUAAAAACUUAAAAAUAUAGAUGUAGUUUAGAAUCUAAGGUAUAUUAAAAGCCAUUUUAUGUGGGUAUGUCUUCACUCUUAGUUAGGUGAUGGCAUUCCUACCGAAGGAGGAGAAGAUUUUAGCAAUUAAUUGUGGUGAGAAUAAAUUUUAUAAGGAUACUUCCUCUAAAAUACUAUACAAGCCAGAUACUUUUAGAGAUGGUGGAUAGGUGGCAAGGAGAGAAGAUGUUAGAUUCUAGCAAAGGAAAACAAUAUUUGAUGAAAUAUAUGACUGGAAUAUUCAUAGAACCUACGUUUACGACUAGAAAGCAUUUUCAUAUCUGCUACCUUUGAAGAGAUCAGGCGAAUAUUCUUUGAUAAUGAUUUUUGCAGAAAUUAAUGACAUAGGAGCUAAAAAAAGAGUAUUUAACAUCAUAGUAGAAGAUGAAGUAGUAAUCCCUAAUUUUGACAUUUAUACUUUAGCAGGAGGCAAAUAGUUACCACAUUUUGAAAUCAUUGAAUUUAGUUUCUAGAAUAGAGUGCUAAAAAACAAGUCAAAAGACAAUGUAAUUAAGACCUAUAAUGCUACCUACCAAAGUCUAAAUGUAACUUUUGAAAGCAUUCGGGGAUCAGCCAAACUGGAUGCAAUUAUACUUUAUGAAGGAACAUUUUAAGAUAUAAAGAAGAAUAUGGUUGAGUUAUUCAUGGAUAAGUCUAAUAAUGGCGAAGGUCUCAAAAUGAAUUAACUUAGAAUUUUCUUGUAAGGAAAUUAAAUCACUUGCUAAAGCGAUAAAGAUUACAUCUUUCCUAUGAGAUAAUAUUUUAUUAAAAAAAUUAAUGAAUAGCAGAUGCAAACUUGCUCUCAAAAUAUAAAUUCUUAAUAUAGCUCAGCUCCCUAGCAAAACAAAAUCCAAAACGAUUAAUAGGAGAUAGUUGAUAAAAGAAAGUUGACUUCUUAGCAAAUACACAAUAUACGUAAACCACCUGCAAAGAGAUACUAAGAAAUUAUCGAAUAAAUAAAAGAAACAGCUUAGAAUUUCUCAUAGUACAUAGCAAACAAUUUGAUUUUUUUUAGCUGCCUGUUUGUACAUUACUUAGUGAUAUGUUUCUUAUUUAGAGAUAAAAAUAAAGAUAAAGGUAAUAAAAAUAGCAAGCAACAACUCACUUUUAAACAAAUGAUAUCUCAAGCUAAUCUUUUAUAACAGCAGUAACAAUACUAAUAGCAGCAAUAGUAAUUACUUCAAUCUUAAAUGCUUUAGAAAAUUAACCAAAAUAGUAAUCAAGACCAAUAAGAUGAAGCUUAAUGA